CGCCCCCUGCAGCUCAGGCUGGUCACGUGAUCAACUCGCGGCCCUGUCAGCUGAUCCCUGCUAAGCCGUGGCGGUUGUCUAGGUGGUGAUGGAGUUUCUUCUCGGCAAUCCUUUUAGCUCUCCGGUCGGACAGCGCAUUGAGAAAGCUACUGAUGGCUCCUUACAGAAUGAAGAUUGGGCUCUUAACAUGGAAAUCUGUGACAUCAUUAAUGAGACAGAAGAAGGGCCCAAAGAUGCUUUUCGAGCCAUAAAGAAAAGGAUUGUCGGGAAUAAGAAUUUCCACGAAGUGAUGCUGGCUUUGACAGUCCUUGAGACAUGUGUCAAAAACUGUGGUCAUCGUUUUCACAUACUUGUUGCUAGCCAGGAUUUUGUAGAAGGUGUAUUAGUACGAACUAUCCUUCCCAAAAACAAUCCUCCAGCUAUUGUACAUGAUAAGGUGUUGACCAUCAUCCAAUCCUGGGCUGAUGCCUUUCGUAGUACACCGGACCUGACUGGGGUUGUAACUGUUUAUGAGGACCUGAGGAGAAAAGGCCUGGAGUUUCCCAUGACAGAUCUAGAUAUGCUAUCGCCCAUCCAUACACCACAGAGGACUGUAUACACACCACCAGAUUCCCAGUCAGGAGUUACUUCAUCAGCAGAUUCUCCUCAGGCGAUAGAUUCAAUCCUGCACCCUGUGUCCUUACCACAAGUUCCAGAGAUUGCAGCUGAUGCCUCUAUCACACCUACGCCGGACCAGAUUGGAAAAUUACGCAGUGAAUUGGAAGUGGUGAAUGGAAAUGUAAAAGUAAUGUCUGAGAUGUUAACAGAAUUAGUGCCAGGACAAACUGAAUCUUCUGACCUUGAACUGCUCCAGGAACUCAACCAGACAUGUAAAGCAAUGCAGCAGCGUAUAUUGGAGCUGAUUCCCCGCAUCCUCAAUGAACAGCUAACUGAGGAGCUGCUCAUUGUGAAUGACAACCUCAACAAUAUUUUCCUGCGCCAUGAACGGUUUGAACGGCUCAGAUCUGGCCAGUCUGCAAAGCAACAAAAUGACACAGAGAAUGAAAACAGUCUGCUUGACAUGGGACCUAGUAUCACACCAGCACAAAAAGUUCCUGAAACUGCCAAUACACUUUCAUCUCAACUUGCAGGAAUUGAUCUUGGUUCUAGCAGUGUCAGUGCAGGUUUGCAGUCCCUCAAUAAUUCCAGCAAACUGGAAGAAGAGUUUGAUAUGUUUGCACUGACCCGUGGCAGUUCCUUAGCUGAACAACGCAAAGAGGUGAAGUAUGAAGAUCCUUUAGCAACAAAAGGUCUAGCUGGAGCCUUGGAUGCCAGACAACAGAAUACAGGAGCACUGGAGCCAGGUGCUUCUACUGAUGAGGCCCCGAUUACAAACUGGAUGAUGCGCCAAGGAAUGAUAAGCUUACUUGGUCUAAGAUAGGAACAUGAACUUAAAAAUGAAGACGUGGGGAAGUAAGAAGUGGCGUUUCAUCAUUAUAUUGUGAAAUUACAAUAUAAUUCCCCAGGCAAGUUUUUAUUUUUGGUUUGUAAUGGAAACAAAACCCUUUGUAUCACAGGCACAGGUUAUAUGCUUAAUAGCAAUAAAUAAAAAUGGCUGACUGAAUACACCAAUGUGUUUAUAUAAGAAACCCUAUUUCUUUUCAAUUUUAAGAAUAUGUUAAAGAUAUUUUACUAAACACAGGAAAUGGGCAAAAUCUGAGAAUCUUAUUUAAAUUUUUUGUUGGAUUUACAUCCUACCUUUCAUUCGGAAACUCCAAAUAGCAUACACAUCACUCUUUCCUCCACUUGUUCCCCACAUAAACAAUUGUAUGAAGAAGAUUAGUGUAAGGGGUAAUAAUUAACCAAAAGAGAUGAAAGUGUAGAGGAAAGAAGUGAAACUUUGAGAGAUCUUAUUUGUCAGAUCUUAACUGUAUGAUUGUUGUGCCAGAGUGGCACAAUGAGAACUUUAAAGUGGCCUUUAUAUUAGAAGAUGGGAGUAAAGCAGAAGUCCACAGAAGUACUUUUGCUAGACAUAAAUUACCUGAUUUUGUUUUGAAAAAUGUUGUUCCUUAAGCUUGUUAAAUACAGUGGUAUGACCUAAAAUAAACUAAAACACAGAAGGUUUUUAUGCUGUACUUGAUAAAAUUAAAACAUAUAUCAAAGCCUUCUAAUUAAUUAUGUCUCUCCAUAUACAUUAUGAUAUUAUCCAUACCAUCUGUACCUGCAAGGUAAGACCCAAGCUGGGUGCAAAAGAUUUUUAACCAUUCUUCAGUAAUGCUGGCUUCAUUUAAGAAAUGUUGAAUCAAUCAAUCAAUUAUAUCAAUUCAAUUUAUUACAGCCAAAGGCCACACAUAAAUCAAAUAUCCAAAUAAAACAAAACUAGACAGAGCCAUCACAAGAGGACAUAGCAAUACAUCACAAUCAAUGACGCAAUCAAUGGGCGACCAAGGUCUGCCUAGUUUUACAGGCAGUAUAUCAAAAACAAGCUAUCUUCAGAAACUGAAUCAUACUGACAAAAUGUUGAAUCAAAAAUGGGCCCCAAGAAUUGCACUGAUUUAAACCAUGACUUUUUAAACCUGAGAUUUGAGGAUAUUUUUUUUUUCACAAACAUGGGUAUGCAAGGUCUAUUUGGUCUUUUUCUUUUUCUCACUUU